UCAGCAACUUAUAGAGGGACUGCGGCAGGCAUUUUGACAUUGGGGGGGAACUGACUAACUGCCACUGACAUCCCCAGGGACACUAAUACUGUGAUCAGUGCUAAUAAAAAGCAUUGACACUGUACUAAUGGCAUUGGGCAGGAAGGGGUUAACAUCUGGGGUGAACAAAGGGUUAACAGUGUGCUGGUUAACUGUGUGCUGUGUGUGUUUUACUUGGGAAACAUGCUGCUGUAUAUUUCUCUGCUGUGCAGAGAAAUACACAGCAGCGUGUUCUUGCUGGCAGGAGAGAGACCUGUGUUGUUUACACACAGGUCUCUCCCCUGUUAGUGUUACUCGGUGAUCACUGGGUGCUAGCAGGGAAUC